AAACAAUAGAUAUGGUUCUGUAAAAAUUGGGUCUUGAAGAUUUGACUAGUGUAGUUGAACUCGAUGAACACAUGGUGCCUUUUUUCGAGUCUCGGGGAAUUUAAAUCCACGAGGAUCUCGACAAAUGUGUCUGUCUGAUUUUUCUUUUUGUCAAAUGUUGGCACUUGAGAUAGUGACUUGUCCAGAAGUCCUCCACUUUCAUUUAAUUUAGGAUUUUUUGUUUCAAUUUGAAAAUUACGUUUCUGAUUUAUAUAUUUAUUUUUGGCUUCGACAGACCUUGACCCUCACCUAAACCUCAAAAUCGUCAAAAAUCCCGAAGAAUGGGGACUUGCGCGAGCAAUCCAGCAGGAGGAGGUUCAAAGGCUAGUCGGGUUAAGCGGUGGCGAUCCACCGGCAUUAUCGCCCUCCGCGACUCCAAACUCAAGACAUUUCCUGAUGUAGUGAUUGACAUGGAGAGAGCAGUACGGACACUCGAUCUUACACACAACAAGAUCUCUGAUGUUCCUGGAGUAAUCGGCAAGUUAAUCAAUAUGCAGCGUCUGUUAAUAGCUGAUAAUCUAAUUGAGCGCCUUCCCGGGAAUCUUGGGAAGCUUCAGUCUCUCAAAGUUUUGAUGCUUGAUGGGAACCGCAUCAGCUGUUUGCCUGAUGAAUUGGGUCAGUUGAUAAGGCUUGAGCAACUAUCAGUCUCAAGAAAUAUGCUCAUUUACUUGCCUGAUACUAUUGGUAGUCUUCGCAAUCUAAUGCUGUUGAAUGUAUCAAAUAACAGAUUGAAAUCCCUUCCAGAAUCACUAGGGAGUUGUGCUUCUUUAGAAGAUGUACAGGCUAAUGAUAACGUUGUUGAAGAGCUCCCUGCAUCACUCUGCAAUCUGAAUCAGUUAAAGUCGCUUUGUUUAGACAAUAAUCAAGUGAAGCAGAUUCCAGAUGGAUUGCUGAAAGAUUGCAAGAGUCUGCAAAAUCUAUCUCUGCAUAACAAUCCCAUCUCCAUGGAUGAGUUUCAGCUGAUGGAAGGAUACCAAGAGUUUGAAGAAAGGAGAAAGAAGAAGUUUGAUAAGCAAAUAGAUUCAAAUGUGAUGAUCAGCUCAAAAGGACUCGAUGUAGGCGUUGAUAAAUGAAUACUCUACAGAAUUUCAACAUCUCCUUUUAUAGUUAGUUGGAUUUGAUGAAGGAGGGUCUUUCGUGUAAGAAACUUUGUUGUUAAAAUUCUUCUCUGAAAUUCUUAUGAACACGCAUGUAUGUAGGUACAAUAUAUGAAGGCGUGUGUACGUAUGUAUGUGUGUGUGUGUUUAUAUAUCAUUUAUAUAUACAAAAAUAACAUGGCAAAGCGAUGACUUGCCUUUUAUCAAGGAGACAAUGCUACGCCUGACUUGUGUGUGUUCUCUU